AUGGCAGGGGCUGCGUGGGCUAGCCUGGGUAAUGAAUUUAAGAGCGUUGCGGAGGAGAAGUUCUUGAAGCCCGUCCCGGACCAAUUUCUGACGCCGCGCGCCACGACCGACGUACAGCCCGCCGAGGAGUUGUUGUCGAAGCUAGUGGAGGAGAAUGCGGAGCGGUACAAGGGCAUCGACGUGCGAGACCCAUCCUCCAUGGCUAUCUACGAGGGUGAACGGCCGCGGUGGAUGACGAUGGGCGGUCAGGUGCGUGCCGUAUCGGAGUUUAUCUCUGGCCAUCUAUGCCACCACAUCUCACUGCCCGAGUGGAAAGAUCUGUUCGACCUAGAGUAUGCGGAGAUGGACCUGACUUACUGGCUGUACGUGUUGCACAUCCACCUCGUCAGCCGCCGUGCGACGAGUAUCCCGAUUGAGAGAUUCAACCGCCGCCGCGAGGUGCUAGAGGAGCUGCUAGUGACUAUGUUCGAUGGCUGGGCAGCCACGUCAGAAGACAUCAUGGGUCGCCCACCGCUGAAUAAGAUUAAGUACUACAUUCGGGAUAUGUACUACGUGACGGCUGUUAACUUUGAGGAGGCGCUGCUGCACGAUGGGCCGGGGGCGGACAUGAUGCUGGUGGGAUUUCUGAUGAAGUUCUGUCCGCUUCCGCGGCCGGAGGAUGUGCCGAUGUUCACGUACUACACCCUUGUUCAUUACGUCCGCUUUCACACGGCUCUCUUCGACCGUAUUCCUGACGAGGAGUUCGCAAAGGGGAACUUCAACUUCUUGAGCCCGACCGACCCGCUCAUCUUUAGCCAGUACAGCGACAUCGCGUACGAUGAAGUAAUUCGCGGCUGGACCGUGGAGGAGGGAAAGGGUAGUGCCGCUUCAUCGGCACCGAGUCACUUGUAG